AUGUCCCAGGUAGUAUAUAUAACUGUCGAGUCUCCCGACCGGGCUCAGGGAGAUGGGAACGCCUCCGCCCAGGCAGAGUGGAUUCACCCGCACUUAAUGGAAAGCGUGCACCCGGACAAAGGUCGUCAGUUCCGCGUCUCUGGACCUGUCCAGAAAGGCGAGCGCCUCCUUGUCGAUCACCCUUACGCGAUCAUUCCCGUCGUUGAUGAGCCGGCCUCCAACGACAACCUCCUCUGCAGCAAUCCCACAUGUAAUAGUCGAGCGAGUUGCCCUACGCGCGUGCCCUGCCCUAAUGCCUGUAUCGCUGACGUCGUCUGGUGCGGCGAGGCCUGUCGGAAUGCCGACACCCUGCGCCAUGGUUUUGAAUGUCUCUGGCUCAAGAGAUAUGCGGGCCCGAUCCGGGCCAAAUGGGGUGAAUACGACUUUGGCAUGUUGUGGCUGAUUGUCCGGAUAUUGGCCACGCGACACACUCAUCACGCAUCGCCAACGGCGAAUUGCGAACCCCAAGGGAAAGAAGAGCGCUUCAAGCAGGGGUGGGAUGCCAUUGAAUCCCUGUGCGGGUCGCAGGAUACGUGGUCCCACGAACAGGUCAAGGCAUGGAGCACCCUCGUGAAGAAGUAUCUCCGAAGCAGCCCGAUCCUACCGCAUGGUCACCCAACAGACGGCAUACUGCAUCUCAUCUGCCAGGAGGAGGCCAACUCCUUCGGCCUCUACCCGCGAGAAACGGGGAUUUUUCCCCUCCCCCACCCGCCGGUCGACCGAGGGGAGCAGUUUGCAGCGGCUGUAUAUGCGGUAGCGGCUAUCGCUAACCAUUCCUGCUUGCCCAACAUAUCGCACAAACCGGAUGUUCAGGGCCGUAUGGUUUUUACCGCAUCUCGAGAUAUCUUGCCCGGUGAAGAGUGCUGCAUCUCGUACUUCGACUUGACGCGUUUCGGUGACUUGAACACCCGCCGGGAACACCUGCGUAAAUCAUUCCGAUUUGUGUGUCGGUGUGAGCGGUGUUCGUCAGAAGAGCCGGUUGAGGAGGCCGUCGAAUGGACGGGAAUGCCGUUGAUGGAUGACUAG